AUGGCCAACUACCGGACUCUACUCAGAGCACACGGAACAUCUGCAGAGCUCGCUGUGAACUCGUUGAAGACCAAGUCUCAAGAAGAGUCCUACCCUGCGAAGAAUUUAAAGAGAGCCAGGCGAGCUGAGGCCAACUAUUUUCCAUCCUUGCCGAUUGGUGAGACUCCAGAAAGUAUGGAGCAAGAGAGAAUUUCCCUUUUGGCAGAACAACAGAAAAGAAACAACCGGCAAUCAAUAAAAGAAAAGAUGGCGAAGACGUUUGGAUACCGAAGACAAGAAAUAGUGCAUCAGAGGCCAAGCAUUGAAGGCCUCUUGGAGCGGUGGCCUGCACUUUUUCACAUGGAAGAGGUAAAUGCUGAGUUCAUGCGCAUAACAACAUUUCCGUUGGAGACAAAGUUCUUGGCGCAGUUGGACAAACACUCCACCAAACUGCUGCAGGUCAUCAGGAGCAGGGGAGGAGUUGUGAAACAGAAGACCACCGGGAUCUUGCAGGUUUUAGAUGAGACUGUGGACAUCACCAUCAGAAGAGAAUGCAUCCUCAAAUCUCUAAUGAUCUACCUGGGUGAACCUGUUGACCAUCUCAUCAAAGAAUUCCAGGAAGCUGAGGCUGGAGAACUGGAGCAGGCAACAAUGGCAAUCUUUGUCAUUGGGAAAGAGGAUCAGUUUCAUCGACCCAAAGACGUCAAGGUUCUCAUCGAAGGAACAGAGGUCCUCAGCGGCUUGCCCUCGGUUGCGACAGCUUUUGCCAUGCUCUUCGGGCUCAUAUACGCACUGAACUUAAGAUAUCCUAAAGAACUGCAAUCCACUUUUGAAGUUGUGCAAAAAGUCCUGAUGGAGCUUGAGGGAAAAAAGAUGAGCCCAAAAGUGAAUAGACUGAGAACCCAGCUGUUCCUCCCAGAGUAG